AUGCUAAGGAAUUCGCUCAAGAUCAGAUUGCAAUGCCGGUGCAAGAAAAUCCAGUCAAGGCAUCAGGCAACGGUUGCAAGUUCUCCAGUGGCGAUGUACAAUCACCUCAUACAUCCCUUGAGAGAUGAGUUUAACAGUGUGCGGCCGGUGGCGGGGAAAUCGCCGCACAGGAUCUUGAGCUCAUCGUAUUUGGAUUUGCAGCGGGACAAGUACCAUGUGCCGGAGCUUGAGAAGCACCGGUAUUUCACCUCAAGUCUGGACGAAGUCAUCCGGCAACCGUAUGAACGAGAGGUGAUAUACUUGAAAACCAUGCUCGAGUCCUUUGCGUCAGAGUCGUAUCUAGAAAGAGCCUACGAAAUUUUCCAUUCCUUGUCCAACCUAGUCAACUCCAAAGAGCUCACACGAAUCGGAAACAGGACGUUGGAAAUUAUAUCCAAUGAUAGCAGCCUAGGCGCGAGCGAUUUAGACAAAAUCAUCAACCACAUGACCGAGUUUUGCCGGUUUAGUCCAGACGAAAGGACCCAAGCGGUACGGCUUAAGCAGUUGCUCCAAGAAGGGUUGAGCCCGCAACCAUUUCUCGAACAGAUUGGCAGCAAGAGUUCAAUUAGGGCCAUAUUGGCGCAUUCCGAUAUAAUUGGGGCCGAUAACAUUUGCAAAAUAUUUGAUUGCGAAGCCGUUGACCAGAGCUGUAUUCCCAAUGAGCUUGCAGAUGUUUAUAAAAACUAUAUAGAGACUCAGAACGCGGGCGAGGAACCAGAAGAUAGUGCCGAAAGGCUCCAAUCGGGACAAUAUGUAAACCCAAUGAAUGGUGCUUUGGCCGAGUUGGAUCCAGUUGACUCGUUUGGGUUGAAAGUGGUUAGGCAUUCGUUAUUGGGGUUGGAACCCGAGCCUCAACAUUCACAGAAAUUUGCACAAGCCCUUGAGGAAAUCAUUAGCAGUAUGGAUGAAGAGACAAAAAAGGAAAUCAGAUCGGGGAGUAUAAAUUAUUACAACAUUUACAAAAAAUUGCAAACCAAGGAACAACAAGAGCGAUUCAAUGAUGCUUUUGAAGUGUUCAACAUGGAGAGACAGCGACAGUUGGAGGUGCGAGGAAUAGAAGCCGCAAAGGAAAAGUGGAAGCACGAGUUUGAGGAGGCCAGGAAAAGAGGCGACUUGGGGUUGACCAAAGGCUUGAAUGCUUUUUGCUUUGAGUGGUAUGAGAAGUUGAUACCGUUGGUGCAACAAGAACAAGCACUUUGCAAAGCCUUGUUGAGUGGCGACCAAAGCAUAGACCAAGGAGACGCGAAUCUUUCCAAGGACCGGGCAUUUUACGCGCCCUUUUUGAUCAAGAUACCGGCUGAAAAAAUAGUCGUGGUUUCGCUCUUGGAGAUUUUGAAGAUCAACGCGACCCUGGGUUUGCUGGGCGGGUUGAAAAUCUCACAGACGAUAACGUCCAUCGGUUCGGCUGUUGAGUUUGAAUACAGGACAGCUCUUUUGGCAGAGCUAGAUAAGAAAAUGAACGUUAAAAAGAAAUUUGCUGGUGCCGACAAGUUGAAACUCAUGAUCAAGAAAUCACUAGCUGACGCGCAAUUGGAAGCCAAAGACUGGGACAAUUUCACGCGGGCCCGGGUGGGUGGAGUUAUGAUGUCACUUAUAAUGUCAGUUGCCAAAGUGCAAGUCAAGAGUUCCAGCAAAGACCCAGCGUUUGAAAAUAGCGUUCAGGACCAUCCUGCCUUUUAUUACGGCGUUCAGUUUGUCAAUGGUUUACGGUACGGGGUUAUAAAAGUUCAUAAUGAAAUCCAAAAGAUCUCCUCGAGGGUGUCGGCCCAGACUGUUCAACCGCAAUCGCUUCCCAUGAUAGUUAAACCGUGCGGCUGGAAUUCAUUUUAUGGUGGCGGGAACUUGUAUUCAAGGACGGGUUUAGUCAGAUUGAGAGACGCACCCGAGCUGGAAGCCUAUGUGAAAGAAGCUGCAAAGAGAGACAACUUGAAAGAAGUGUUCAACAGUUUGAACCAUUUGGGCAACACCGCUUGGACAAUAAACAAAAAAGUCUUUGACGUAAUACUGCAUUACUGGAAUUCAGGUGAGGAAUACUUGUCCAUCCCUGCGGUCCUGGAUACGGCUGCUUUUCCGGAGAAGCCUCCAGCUGGCACUGAUCCGUUACUUUUAUUUGAAUAUCAGAAAGCCAUGUACGCAGCAGCCAAGGAGUUUGCCGACAAGAGAUCGCAGCGGUGCGAUUACAAUUACAAAUUGGAGAUUGCCCGAGCAUUCAUUGGAGAGAAAUUGUACUUGCCUCAGAACUUGGACUUUAGGGGCAGAAGUUACCCAAUCACCCCGUUUCUUAACCACUUGGGCGGUGAUUUGACCAGAUCGUUGUUUCUAUUCUGGGAAGGUAAAGAAGUUGGCGCAAGGGGAUUAGAUUGGAUCAAGAUCCAAUUGGCCAACGUUUACGGUAUCGACAAGGCGCCCUUAUCGGAAAGAAUUCAAUUUGUAAAUGAUUCAUUACAAGAGGCAAUCAAAUCAGCCGAGGACCCCUAUAAGAACAAAUGGUGGACCAAGGCCGAGAAGCCAUGGCAAGCACUCAGUGUUUGUUUUGAGCUCGCGGAGGCCUACAGUUUGGACGACCCAACCAAAUUCAUUUCGCACUUGCCCAUCCACCAAGAUGGCACGUGCAACGGCCUUCAACACUAUGCUGCACUAGGCGGUGAUAUCGAAGGUGCCAACCAAGUCAAUUUGGCCCCGGCUGAUAAACCACAGGAUGUCUACUCGUUCGUUGCCAAGUUGGUCGAGGAGAGACUUGCGCGUGAGGCCGCUGAGGGCAAUGAGUUGGCCAAGUUGAUGCAGGGUAAGGUCAAGAGAAAAGUCGUUAAGCAAACGGUGAUGACCAACGUUUACGGCGUCACUUAUAUUGGGGCCGUGGCGCAGAUCAAGAAACAAAUCGAUGAUCUUUUCGAUAAUGAAAACCAGCAGUACCAAUGUGCGCAAUACUUGGCCACGCAAGUUUUCAAGUCGAUCCGGGAAUUGUUUGAAAAUGCACACUUGAUUCAAGACUGGCUAUCUGAAUCGGCCGCGCGUAUCACCAAGUCGGUGCCGUUAGAUUUCGGCGAAGUUGGCGACUUGGAAGAGGAAAUGAUGUCGCAAGCAGUCAUCUGGACCACACCAUUAGGGUUACCGUGUGUGCAACCGUACAGAAUCGAAAAGGGCAACAUGGUCAAGACCUCGGUGCAAGAAGUGUUUUUCAAUUGUCCCAGUGGAGCUUCGAAAGUCGACGCCCGGAAACAAAAAGCAGCAUUCCCACCCAAUUUCGUCCACUCGUUGGACGCAACUCACAUGUUGAUGACUGCCAAAGUAUGCGGUGAUGCCGGCAUGGCAUUUGCCGCUGUUCAUGACUCCUACUGGACCCACGCGGGUGACAUUGACCAGAUGAACGAGAUAUUGCGUGAACAGUUUGUCAAGUUGCACUCCACCGACUUGGUGCAGCUUUUACGAGACGAAUUUCUCGAGAGAUACGCCAACAAUCUACUUGUGACUGACAUGUUGGCUAGUCAUCCAGUAGCAAUGAAAAUAAAAAGCAUCAAAAAGGAAUGGGCUCGAGCUAUUGGACGAGCCGUCACUAUUAAAGAUGAGUUGUUCAUGGAGCGGAAAAGAUUGAACUUGUUGAAGUCUGAUGAUCCGAAACAAGUUGAACUUGGCCGAAACUUGGAAACUACAAUUAGCGUGGCGAAGGAGCACGCUAAGGAGAUCUAUGGGACGAAGAGAGGUAAGAACUCACUGUCAUAUAGCGUUUUGGUGCCUUUGCAAUUUCCCGAAGUGCCGCCAAAGGGUGGAUUUGAUGUGAACUUGAUCAAAAAGUCGCAAUACUUUUUCUCAUAG